UCCGGGAGUGUGGCGGUUGCCGGGGCGACGCCGGUCGGGUGCUGCUCUGCUCCGGGCCCAGCCGUUGGCUGAGCGGCGGCGGCACUAGCGCUAUGGUGCCCGUGUUAGACGCGCUGUGGGAGGACAGGGAUGUCCGCUUCGACAUUUCGUUUCAACAAAUGAAGGUGAGACCUGGAGAGGUUCUAAUUGACUGUUUGGACUCCAUUGAAGAUACUAAAGGGAAUAAUGGAGAUAAAGGUAGACUGCUUGUGACCAAUUUGCGAAUUAUCUGGCAUUCACUGGCUAUUCCGCGGGUUAAUUUAUCUGUUGGCUACAACUGUAUUAUAAAUAUUACAACUAGAACUGCCAAUUCGAAACUCCGUGGUCAAACUGAAGCACUUUACAUCCUGACCAAAUGUAAUAACACACGAUUUGAGUUCAUCUUUACCAGUGUGGUUCCAGGAAGCCCUCGGCUCUUCACCACUGUCAUUGCUGUGCACAGGGCAUAUGAGACAUCAAAAAUUUAUAGAGAUCUUAAAUUAAGAGGAGCUCUCAUCCAAAACAAGCAGCUCAGACUUCUACCGCAGGAACAGGUUUAUGAUAAAAUUAAUGGUGUUUGGAAUCUAUCAAGUGACCAGGGCAAUCUGGGAACCUUUUUUAUUACAAAUGUACGGAUAGUGUGGCACGCAAACAUGAAUGAUAGUUUCAAUGUUAGCAUUCCCUAUCUACAAAUUCGGUCUAUAAAGAUCAGGGACUCCAAAUUUGGGUUGGCACUUGUAAUAGAGAGCUCACAACAGAGUGGAGGAUAUGUACUUGGUUUUAAAAUUGAUCCUGUGGAGAAACUUCAAGAGGCUGUUAAAGAGAUAAACUCUUUGCAUAAAGUUUAUUCUGCUUGUCCAAUCUUUGGUGUCCAGUAUGAAAUGGAGGAAAAGCCUCAGCCACUUGAGGACCUGACCGUUGAGCAAGUUCAAGAUGAUGUUGAAAUUGAACCGGAGGAACCAACUGAUGCUUUUGUAGCAUAUUUUGCAGAUACCAAUAAGCAACAUGACCGUGAACCGGUUUACUCCGAGGAACUUGGACUAGCAAUCGAGAAAUUGAAAGAUGGCUUCACUCUUCAAGGUCUUUGGGAAGUGAUGAGUUAAACUUCAGGUUUUGUAUUGAUUUGUUUUAAGAACACCAUGUAUUGAGACUACAUAACGCAAAUUUUAAUCAUCAUUGCACUUCAAAAAUAAAAUCUAACCAUUAAAAACAC